UGUCACUCUUUAUCUUCACCCUAGCUUUAUUCUCUUAUAUCUCCAACUAAUCACACAGAUCGAUCAUAAUUAUAUCUAUAGCUAAUUAAUUAACUUAAUUAUUUUCAUCCCUCUACUCUUCUUCUUUUCUAUAUUCUUGCUUUCUUUGAGUUUUCUUAAUUGAUUUGAAAGAUGGCUUGCUUGGUAUCUCGCUCAGGAAGGGAAUUGCAGAGGUACAACAACAUGGGUGGCCGGCAAGUUGUUGGUUGCAUACCUUAUAGAUAUAAAGAAGACAUAGAUGGUAAAAUGAGCAACGAAUUGGAAGUGCUAGUGGUUAGUUCACAGAAAGGUCGAGGAUUGAUGUUCCCAAAGGGAGGAUGGGAACUUGAUGAAUCUGUAGAAGAAGCAGCUUGUAGGGAAUCCCUUGAAGAAGCAGGAGUAUUGGGAAUCAUUGAGAGUGAACUAGGACAAUGGAAUUUCAUUAGCAAAAGAUAUGGCAUAUACUAUGAAGGACACAUGUUCCCCAUGUUUGUCAAGGAACAACUUGAUACAUGGCCCGAGAAAAAUCUACGGAGAAGAAUAUGGAUGACUGUUGCUGAAGCUAGAGAAGUUUGUCAGCAUUGGUGGAUGAAGGAAGCAUUAGAUAUAUUGGUUCAAAGAAUCGUGUCUUCACAACAACGAAAAGAAGAUAUAGCAUUGGAUGAUUCUUUAAGUUUUUAAACAAUUUAAUCUAGGUAGGCCUAGGUCAGUUUGUCAAUAUUUUGUAUCUUCAUAAAUUAAGAGUUGCUAUAGAGAGGAUUGAUUAAGGGAGAGGAACAGAAUUGUAGAGAAGGAUGGAGUUGCAAUUUUUAUGCAAUUCAAAUUUACACGCUUAUAUAUACAACUUACGAGUAGACUUCCAAGAGUUAAAAUAAUUUCGUUUUCAAGUCGUA